GGGGUCGGUCGGACGCUCGCCCGGCAUAAAAACGGCACCCGCUGCCCGACGGUGGGACGCUGCGCACCUUGGUCCCGCCUGCGCUCUCCUGGGACGCGUCGUCCCGUGGUUCGCUCGGACCCGGCACCAUGGACACUGUUCGCCGCCUGGCGCUGAUGUUUCUGCCGCUGCUCCUGAUCGGGGCCGUGCCCGGCCGCCUGGGUCAGGCGCACAUAGGAAAUAACGCGGAGAUCUGCCUCCUGCCCCCCGAGGAAGGGCCCUGUAGGGCCCGAAUCCCCAGCUACUACUACGACAGGCACACGCAGAGCUGCCGCCAGUUCAUCUAUGGGGGCUGCAAGGGUAACGCCAACAACUUCGAAACUUGGGCGGCCUGCGACGAAGCUUGCUGGAGGAUCGAGAAAGUUCCCCACAUUUGCCGGUUGGAAGUCAAUGAGAAUAUAUGUGAGGAGCCCAGAGAAAUGUAUUUCUUCAAUCUAAUGACCAUGACAUGUGAAAAAUUCAUGUCUGGUGGGUGUAACCGUAAUGAGAACCAGUUCUCUGAUGAAGCUUCUUGUAUGGACUUCUGUGCACCCAAGAAAAGUCCAAUAUUUUGCUACAGCCCAAAAGAUGAGGGUCUGUGCUCUGCUAAUGUGACUCGCUAUUAUUUUAACACAAGAUACAAAGCUUGCGUGGCCUUCACCUAUAGUGGCUGUGGAGGGAAUGACAAUAACUUUGUUAACAUGAAGGAUUGCACACGUGUUUGUGCAAAAGCAUCGAAGAAAGGGAAGAAAAAGAAGAGGCCAAGGCUUCGCUUUGCCAAUAGAGGCCUGAAAAUUAAGAGGAAGCAAUUUUAAGCAUUUUCUUGUAUGUCAUCAUGCGAAUGAUUAUUGUCUUUAUGGUUAUAUCUGAAGAAAAAUACGGAAGCAUGAGGAAACUAAUCAUUAGUGAUUCAAUCACAGUUUUCAUUGAACUUGUAUCAAUCAAGUUACUUCUUUAUACACAACUUGCCGCAAUUCAAAUGCUAAUCUAUUUUUAAUUUACUGUUCACCUGUUUAUGAGAUCGAAUUCUUACAUUGCAAAAGAUAAAAAAAAAAUGACUCACCCAGUUCUCGGGGUUGCUAGUCCUAAUUUCAGAAGAUUAUAGUAACUGAAGUAGCAUGAGAAUCAUGUAUUUUGAAAAUAGGUGAGCAUAAAAAGAACUGGCAAAUACUUUUAUUUCAUUAUGAACUUAAAAUGUUGGGUUGUAUAUUAAAUCCAAGGAGACAAAAUUGCAGAUUUACCAACACUUUAAAAAUUAUCCCAAAUCAUGUUAACAUAGGCCCUACUGAUGAUACUCCCAUUUCUAUUGUGGCAGAUUGCAGUGUAUUGAGUAAGGGAAUUUAUUUAAAAGAUAAUUUAAUAACUUUUUAAUGAAUUAAAAAGCUAGUCAAAUUAUUAAAAUCAGAAAUAUUGUCCUGGGGAAAUUAUGUCUCUGUAUCUCUUUUUCCAUAGUUGUCUGUCUCUUUCUGUCCUCAAUUACAUAUAUAUGUGUGUAUACAUAUAGAUAGGUGGUCUUAAAAAGUUAUCCUUUUGUUACAUUAUUUCCUAAGACAAAAUGGGUGGCAGACCACUAAAGUUGUUAAAAUUUUUGUACUGUUUGUGUUUCUAUUAUACCAAAAAUCAUGCAUGAUUUAAUAAUUUAAAUUCUACCAAUAAAUUGUUUCUUAUAAAUAGGA